CUGAGGAAAAAACCCAUUUGUGAGGAAGAUGUCAUGUGUGUAAGGCCAAUUAAUUAGGCUAUGAAUAAAUGUUUCAUAUUUUUUAAAACACAACAUUUCAGUGCAUCAUGUUUCUCUUUAUUGGGACUAACGCGGAUUUCUUUUGAACCUGCAGUGCAAACAAUCUGCCGGAAGAUGUCGCCCCCCCCCCUCUCUGUCUCACUCUGCUGAGACACUCAGAAGGCUCCGACUCCUCUCCUCUGAAUGAGUGGACCCCCUUUAUCCCUUUUAUAACAGAGAGGGAAUGGGACAGAAAGAGAUAGGUGGGCAGAGGUGUGACUGGGAGGACAGGCAGAGGGAGACUCAGAGCCAGCUGGGCUUUUGCCAUAUCUUAUUUUUAUUUAGGAAUCUCAAAAAAGAGAGUGAGAAAGGGGGAGAAAGUACAGCAGUAGUUUUUCGUGCGUAAAGGGGAUAGGUUGUUCUCCAAAUUCUUUGGAGUUGUUCUUCACUUUCAGACUGAGCCGUUUAUUUGCAGGCAGUGUCCUGGGUUUCUUUGCCUCGCUACAUUUCAGCGGUGCACGGAUUACAAUGCAAAGGAUUGUGGAGGUUUGGGUCACCUUGGUGACAGUUUGCGCGCUGACCGAGGGGGUCUUUGGAGGAUACGGGCUGAGCAUGUUUGCUGCGCAGUCUUCGCCCCCGGACCCGUGCUAUGACGAGAACGGGAACCCUCGGCGGUGCAUCCCCGACUUCGUCAACUCCGCUUUCGGAAAGGACGUGCGCGUGUCCAGCACCUGCGGCAGCCCCGCCGCCAGGUACUGCGUGGUGGCCGAGAAGGGCGAGGAGCGGACGCGGGACUGUCACACGUGCGACGCCGCGGACCCCAAGAAGUCCCAUCCGCCCGCCUAUUUAACGGACCUCAACAACCCGCACAACCUCACCUGCUGGCAGUCCGAAAACUACGCGCAGUACCCGCAGAACGUCACGCUCACCUUGUCGCUCGGGAAAAAGUUCGAGGUCACCUACGUGAGCCUGCAGUUCUGCUCACCCAGACCCGAAUCCAUGGCGAUCUACAAGUCCAUGGACUACGGCAAGUCCUGGGUGCCGUUCCAGUAUUAUUCCACUCAGUGCAAGAAAAUGUACAACAGGCAGAACAAGGCGGCGAUUACGAAGCAGAACGAGCAGGAGGCCAUCUGCACGGACUCCCACACGGACAUGCACCCGCUGACGGGCGGACUCAUCGCCUUCAGCACGCUGGACGGCCGGCCGUCGGCGCACGACUUCGACAACUCCCCGGUGCUGCAGGACUGGGUGACGGCCACCGACAUCAAGGUGAUCUUCAGCCAGCUGCACACCUUCGGCGACGAGAACGAGGACGACUCGGAGCUGGCCCGCGACUCGUACUUUUACGCCGUGUCGGACCUGCAGGUCGGAGGACGGUGCAAGUGCAACGGGCACGCUUCGAAAUGCGUCAAGGACCGGGACGGGAAUCUGGUCUGCGAGUGCAAACACAACACGGCGGGACCGGAGUGCGACAGGUGCAAGCCAUUCCACUACGACCGACCAUGGCAGCGCGCCACGGCCCGGGAAGCCAACGAGUGUGUCGCAUGCCACUGUAACCUGCACGCCCGCCGCUGUCGUUUCAACAUGGAGCUGUACAAGCUGUCAGGCCGGAGAAGUGGCGGCGUCUGUCUCAACUGUCGCCACAACACGGCGGGACGCCAUUGCCAUUACUGCAAGGAGGGUUACUACAGGGACAUGACCAAGUCCAUCUCUCACCGGAGGGCCUGCAAAGCGUGUGAUUGCCAUCCAGUUGGAGCGGCGGGGAAGACGUGUAACCAGACAACAGGCCAAUGCCCCUGCAAGGAUGGAGUGACGGGGAUCACCUGUAACCGCUGUGCCAAGGGUUACCAGCAGAGCCGCUCUCCCAUCGCCCCCUGCAUCAAGAUCCCAGUUGCAUCUCCGACAGCAGUGUACACCAGCUACGAGGAGCCGUCAGAUUGUGAAUCUCACUGCAAAGCGUCCAAGGGAAAGAUGAAGAUAACCAUGAAGAAGUACUGUAAAAAAGACUACGCUGUACAGGUGCACGUUCUGAAAGGCGACAAGGCCGGCGAGUGGUGGAAGUUCACCGUCAACAUCAUCUCGGUUUACAAACAAGGGGAGCACCGCAUCCGCCGCGGCGACCAGCUGCUGUGGGUGCGCGCCAAGGACGUGGCCUGCAAGUGUCCCAAGAUCAAGCCCGGGAGGAAGUACCUGCUCCUGGGCACAGACGACGACUCCCCCGGGCAGAGCGGCGUGGUGGCGGACAAGGGAAGCCUGCUCAUCCCCUGGAAGGACCUGUGGGGCCGCCGGCUGAGGAAGUUCCAACAGCGUGACAAGAGGGGGAAGUGCUAAAAGGUUCGCUGGAGAGGAGGGAGAGGGAGAUAAGGAGAGAGAGAGAGAGAGAGAGAGAGAGGGAAGGAGAGAGGUGGAGGCAAAACAGCAUCUCUGCUGGGAUGAAUGCAAGGAAGAGGAGAGGAUGAAUGAAAAAAUAAAUAGACUGGAAGAUUAAAAGCUAGCAAGACAAGGUAAAAAGUAGGGGAGAGGGGGAAAUGACUGCGUGCUGCUGCUCUGAGUUGGAGCGAGGAGAUUAGUGUUUUUAGGAACUUUCGUGAAGGAGCUCAUUCUACAGUUUUUGUUUCUGUUUGUCAUUCAAGGUUUCGUUUUGUUGUGUAAUUGCAGAGUUUGCACCUAAUGUUACAGAUAUGUCACACCUUGACUGUUUUACCCAUGAUGCCCUUGUUGUUUUUUUUAAAGUCCCUUAUUUAGUUGAUUUGAAGAGCAAUGCGUCUACCGUGUCACCCUUCUUUUGUAUUUUAAGAGGAUCUAGUUCCACUGUGCUGUGUAAAGCAAUACCUAGUUAAAAGAAGAGACAUUUCUCGGCAUUGAGGGACUCCACUCAUGUAUGAUAAGUUGCUCUUGUAAGCUGCCAAAUUAAUGGGUAAACCUUUUCAACAGCUGAAAGUGAAAAAUUGUGAAAUUAUUUUGCGGAAAGCCUAAUAGGUGCCAUCUCGCCUGAGAGCUCCUCUUCUCCUAUGUGAGUGAAACCGCUGGUGUGGGGGGAACGAGACGGCAUAAUGAUCCCCCGCCCGCUCUGUGUAAAGAUCGUCUGUCACGUCCCAAGCAAGUCUCUGCUCGGCGCUUACCGAUGUAUCGGCAGCAUGUUGUGGUCGAGCCCUCUGCGAUGUAAAGUAACCACACGCGCACGCAUACGUAGACGUUGUUUUUAGUAGAUGAUGCCGUAGCAUCGACUAGAUGUAGAGUAGACGUGUCAACCAUGCACUUAUUUUUAAGUAGUCACAAGUUUUAGAACAUACGAGAUAUGUUCAAAAAGAGAGAAAAAAAACAUACUGUACCGUAUGAUGCAAAAACGCUGUACAGUUCAAACCCUGCUUGGCUCACUGAUGACUGGUCCGUAUGGACUGAUGGUCAACUACAUGCAUAUAAUAUUCCAGUUUUUGCCAUUAUUCCGAAAAAGACAAUAUUCCGACUAAAACAUGGCUAAUGAAAGUGAUUAUUCCACUAAUAUUCCCGUUUACAUGCAGUCGUUUAAGAUUAUUUCUUCAACCACCUUUUGUUGAUAUCCAAGUCUUUAAUAAUGUUUAAAAGUAGCUGUGUUUCUCUUUCUUUUCUUUUGUCCAUGCAUCUCUACCGCAGCUUUGCAAACUGUUGGUUUGUUGCUUUGUGUACAGUCUAUAGCGCUGAUGUUCAGCUUCCGAGAUCGCUCCGAUGGCGCAGGAAAUUCUGCCGGAUGCCUUUUUGCAGAUGUCCGUUUCCUUCCGCUUCCUUUGUUUUGUCAUUUUAAACUCAGGGUAAAUCCAGACAGCUAGCUAGACUAUCUGUCCAAUCAGAGUUUUCUCUCGCACGACUAAAACAACCUUUGAACGUACACGUUCCACCAAAACAAGUUCCUUCUGGAGGCUGUUUUGCAGCGGCGCCGUGCGGUGCUUAGCGCCACACAUGACGACUGUGAUUGGUUUAAAGAAAAGCCAAUAAACCAGAGCACUUUUUUUUCCCCAUACCGGAAUUAUGUGUGGACUAGCCAGACCCUCCUCCCCAGCGCUGUGGAGGAAGGUCUGGCAAAGUGAGACUAGUUUGUGUACAAACAGCCAUAGCAACGCACAGAGGUGCCUGUGAGCCGUGAAGAUGCGAGAUGCUGUAAACUGUCACAAACUGCAGUAAAAACCAUGGUUGAGACGUAGAUUCUGAAUGGGCUGUGUACAUGUCCAAAGAAUGCUUCUAAAACCUGAAUAAUACCUGCAUAUCACACAUGACUUAAUCAGAAAAUGCUUCAUUUGGAAAAAGGCCUCAUGCUGAUCUUACACCAAACAAUUUUUCAAGCGAUUCCACUGUCGCAGACAAAAUUUUGGUCCUUAAACUCAGUCCCAACUGUCUGAAGUCAGUCUUUUUCCCAUCCUGACAUUCCGAAAAAUCCAACGAGUUGGAUGCGAUUGUGGGAUAUUAUCAUAAGUUUGAAGUCUUGAAGACAGAUUGUCUUUAGAUGUGACAUGGUGUAAGACUUCAGUCCUUUCAGAGUCUUCUAGUCUGUGGUAGGCAUUAGUCGGAAUAUCUAACCGGAAUAUGCUGUUUACAUGACCUGUAUCAAAAUUCGGAAUAUUGUUGGAUAAAUUUGGAAUAAUAGUGGAAUAUUAGUGUGCAUGUAAACCUACUCAGAGCCAACCCUGUUCAAGAAUGUAUUCUCUCAUAAAGGUCCAAAUGUAAGUCAGAUGACCCGACCAUUUACAAGCGAGAGAACUGAUGAAGUCAAGCAUCUUGUCGUCGUUAAAAAAAUAAGAAAGAAAGAAAGAAAAAAUCGACCUAUCAAGCGCUCCUCAUACCACUGACCUACCAUGCAUGCUCACUCUUUUUACUGUAGCUGCCUGAUAGCUAACAAUGAUUGUGAAUUAUGUACACAUUUAAUUUGUAUACGGUAUUCAAUGUUGUGGGAAAAUAACCUGUGGAGUGAUGAAAUAUCACAGAUGUUUAUUGUACAGUGCGUUCAGCACGCUGUGUCAAACGUCCGUCACCUCAAAGCCACUUUUCUGAGGACUGGAUUCCAAUAUCAAGAUACUUGGUACUCGAGAUAAAAGGCAUGACCGAUUGUCUACGUGUUAUAUAGCUGUAUAGUAUUACUUUAUAUUUUUUUUUGAUAAACAUUAACUAGCUCUAUCUCCAUGUGAACUUAACCAGAGUUUUAAAUACUAGCGGGAUAAUAAAAGACACAGAAAUAAGUCAGAGAAAUGUCUCCCGGAGGAUCACACGCUCUCUCACGAAGAAUCAGUUUCCACGUCGCAAAUUAAAAUAUUAACACACACACACACACGUACACAUAAAUACAAGAGGACACUUCAGUACUCUGUGCAUCAUACUGUAUGUAUUUUAAAACUACAACGCACUUCUGUACGGACACACUUCGACCUGUUUUCCAGGCGUGUUGCAGAAACCUGACUUCUGCUCUCCAUGAAUAUUAUAUCUGAAUAAGUAUCCGCUCAUGUUUAUACAUUGGCUUGUAAAUGUUGUUAAGCAGUGUCCAUUGCAAAUGGUUUGUGUAAUGUCUUGUAAUACUAAUAUAUUAUGUUUAUCACAAAUGAAUAUAUUUAAUGACACAUAAAACUAUGUGGCUUUUGUGGUUUUUAUGUUUGAUCUUUAUAUUUUUUACCUUUUUUUUUGUGCGUUUGAAUUGUAGAUGGCUGUAAUGAAAAGUAUUGAUAAUUGUUUGUCUAUUGAACAGCCUGAUAGAACUGAAAAUUAAUUCAUCUGAAAUAAAGCUGUAAAAACAAAA